ACUACAAUUUCGGAUUCGUAUUGUCAAAAAUCCCGUGUUUUGCUUUUGAUAAUUUCGGCAAUUCGCAAACUGAGGAUUUUCCUAGGUGAAAAUGCAAUUAACACAGUUGUUGCUGAAGAGAGCCAAAAGCAAGGAAAUCCUUGUUCUGAUGGAGAGUGUAGUUUCCGGACAUAAAUACAUCCAGAGGAGGGAAAGAUUGGCUGACAAAAUUGAGAUUAUCAAAUUCGAUCCCUACAUUCAACAAAUGUGUCUCUACCGGGAGAGGAAGAAAGUGGUCAGCAUAAAAUGAAGAAUUCUCCGUUCACUGCAAAGCUCUGUAUAGUCACAUUUUUUGUAAGGUUUCUCCCAAGCUGCUCAAGCAGCCCGAAUCCAUAGAAAAUCAAACAGA